CAGUACACCUAGAGCUUUGUCUGGGUACAGUCGCUAUCAAAAGCUUAGAGUUUUUUUGGUAGAGUAAUUUGUCAGUUGUCAAAUAAAUAUUUAACCUUUUCCUAUUAAGUCCAUAUUGCCAGUGUAAGUAAAAACCCAACAAGCAAGGGGUAUCGGUAGAUGCCCAAGCCCGACAGGGCACCCAAAACGCCAAAUCCUGGCUUCGAAACCACAUAUACAAAGCAUUUGAAAAGAAGAUGCCGGCCUAAUCUGGAGGAAAUCAACAGAAUCGCGAAAAUUAAUAACACUAACGCAUUUAAAGCUAAGCUGAAGAUUAAUCCAAUAUCAAACGUGAGUACUGCACACAUACCACUAACCUACCAUAACACCGGGAUCAGCUGUUCCGAACAGGGGGGACCCCUGUUCGAAAAAACUUCAGAACGACCUUCAAACGAACUUGAAAACUUAGAAAAUCUAUCAAACACAACUGAUAAUACCAUCAUAGGUCAGGAAAUCGCACUCACUCUGGAGGAAACGCAAAGCACAAUUAAAGACGGUGGCGAAAAAAGCGAAGAGCAAUACUAUAGCUCGGUGGAAAGCAGUGACGGGGAGAACCUCGAAAUAUCUGAUGUAGAUAUGGAAGAGCCCGAUACAAAUCAAGAUACGGAUAAAGAUCCGUAUAGCGCAAAAACGGACGAAAACUCCCAGACCUCAGAGCAGGAAUUUAGCCUAACAAACGCUAAUGCAAGAAACCAAAAUGUGGACAACUUCAACUCCGAAUAUGUCUCUAUCCCGUCCGCAGAAGGACUGAAAAUCACCAUCCUAAAUAGCGACAUACCACAAAAGCUAAGGCAAAAUAUCAUGAGAUUCGACUAUACAAGUGGAGCAGAGCACUCGGGAGACGAAAAUCUACCCCCAACAUUAAAUCAGACAGAGGUGGAAACAAUCGUACACCCACUCCCGGAACAACCCGAAAAACUCACACUCCCUGACAAGAGAAUCACCCUACCUCAGGCACUAACACCAAAGCCUUCUACGUCAAAAGUACAUGUAACAGAGGAGAAAACCGAAAAACUCGCACUCCCUGACAAUAGAACCACCCUACCUCAGGCACUAACAUCAAAGCCUACUUCAUCAAAAGCACCUGCAACAGAGGAGGAAAGAACCUCCCCUAACAGCACCUUUACCUUCCAAAGGAGCAAGAGAAGUCGAAGAGACAAUUUAAACAGCAUAGACCAAGACAAAAUUGAAUCCCUACCAGCUGAAAGCAUGGAUAUCCAAGAAAAUACCCCUCCGAAAAUAAGUUCUAACCUAAGAAGGGUGUUCAAGCAGAAGGUAACAGCUACACUGCCAAACAUAACGUUAAAAAACAGGUACCAUGUCUUAACAGAUGAAUCGGAAGAGGAAGAAAGUGAUGAUUCCAUCGAAAAAAGAAAGCAGAAUGCUAGGAAAGAAAGAAGAGACAGUAAAAAGGGUGGCACAGAAACCACCAAUUCAUCUAAUAAAAAAGAAGAGGUACAGGCAAAAAGGAAGAAUAAUAUGCCCCCAAUAGUACUAGAAGGAGUCCCAGAGGACCACAAAGGACUAACUGAAGCUCUUAAAGACAUUAUAAAAGGCAAAUUUAAUGUCAAAUACACAAACACGUCAACCAUUGUAUUCACGGAAGACAGAAUAGAUUACGACAACGUUUUAGCAAAUGUCAAAAAAGAAGAGAUGGCAUACCAUACAUAUACCAGCAAAAGCGACAAGUCACAUGCCUUCGUCCUCAGAGGACUGGGAGACGGUACUAAAAUAGAGGACCUCGAAGAGGACCUGAUGGAGACAUAUGAAAUUAAAAUAAGAGCAGCCUACCGUAUGACUACCAAGAGCAGACCCCUAUUCCUGGUAGUAACAGACCCUUCCAUCACACUUGACUACUUAAAUCGCAAUGUUAGAGUGGUACUGUACACAAGAAUAACCUGGGAGCUUAGGAGAUCAACUAAGCAGAUAAUACAGUGCCACAACUGCCAGGCAUGGGGGCAUGCCACAUCAAAUUGCGGUAGGCCGUCAAACUGUCUAAAAUGCGCAGCAGGGCAUCACACAAGAACGUGCGCCAAAUCACGGGAAACACCCGCAACUUGUUACAACUGUGGAGGGGACCACCCAGCCAACUUCACGAAAUGCAAAGCUUACAUUGACAGGGUGGCCCGACUCGAGGAAAGAAAACAAAAAACCAACAACAAUACCAAGAAAACAUACAUACCUGCACCCCUACCUACGAAAAAUAGGUGGGAAAGCAGGAGGGAGGCCAACAGCAACAGCAAUUACAACACAGAGUUCCCUCUCUUGCCGGGCAACAAAGCAGACCUACCAUCGUCACAGCAGCAGAGCCAAGAAAACAGAAAUCAACCCCCAAGGGCAAAUUCACAACCACAAGGCACUCAGGGAGGUACGGGCGACUUCUUUGCCCUAAAUCACGAGAUGCAAGAAUUAAAUUCAUUAGUGAACAUAGCAGAGUUAACAAGAGCGGUAAGGGAGCUUAACUCACAACUUAGGGAAUGCCGCAGCGACGCGUCUAUUUUCUUAACCUACAACAAUUUUAUGAACAACCUAAAUACGUAUAAAUUCAGGAAUUAAAUUCGCUGCGGUAUUACGAGACAAAUACAAAAUCUGUUCUUACAAUGUAAACGGGCUGCUAAACAAGAAACAUCUUGUAUGCAACUUCAUUUAUAAACAUAAAUUCGACAUAGUAAUUCUCAUAGAAACUCAUUUAAAACCACAUCACAAAAUAAAAGUGCGCGACUACGACAUAUACAGACAAGACAGACUAGACCUACCGAAAGGGGGCGUGGCUUUCCUUAUUAAACAAAAUAUCUCAUAUGAAACCGUAUCAAACGUUCUAUCGGACAUAGAACAUGCAAUAAUAAAAGUAGGGGGUAUAACCUUUGUAGGGGUAUAUAACAAGCCGCUAUAUAAAUUCAAUAAUAUUGACUUGCAUAACUUGGCCAGAGGGAAUAAAGUAAUAAUAAUAGGGGAUUUUAAUGCAAAAAACACGGAAUGGGAUGCAAACUGCAAUAAAAACAACGCCAAUGGUAAUACACUAAGCUUAUUCGCUGAAACAAACCGAUAUACUAUACAUUAUACAGAUGUACCAACGUGCUUCCCUUUCUCCGGACAAACACCUAGUACUCUAGACAUCGCGAUAACGAAAAACAUAGACAGCGUACAGAAUUUCAGGACCAUACCCACAUUAAAUUCAGACCAUGACCCUAUCUGCCUAGAAAUAGGAACAAGAAGGACUAUACAAAAACAUAACGGACAGUACUACGAUCACAAAACAACAAACUGGACGAAAUACAGAGAAAUACUGGACAAAGACAUAGUAAUAAAUAACAACAUUAAUACACCUACUGAACUGGACGUAGAAGUGGACAAAUUAACAAACGCCAUUAUAAAGGCCAGAGACGCCUCCACACGUAUAAAACACAUUAAAGCACAUCAAGAAAUACUAACACCGGAAAUAGAAGACAUGAUCACGAACAAAAACAACAUUCGGAGAAGAUGGCAAAGACACAGACAUAGGGACGACAGAAUUAGACUUUUAGACAUCUCUAAAGCCAUCAACACAGCAAUACGUGACUUAAAAAACGAAAAAUGGACGGACACAUUACGAGGCCUCAAACCACAAGACAAUUCAGUGUGGAAGAUGACAAAACGGCUUAAGAAACCGUUUACGCAGCUUCCCACACUGGAAGACAAUAACACACAAUACACAACAGACACUCAGAAAGGGGAGGCGUUCGGUACAUAUUUUGAGAAUAAUUUCACAAAUAAUAUUGAAAAUAACGACGAGCAACAAUUUAUAGAGGGCGUGGUCAACGAUAUCAGGCUCCUCCCUUCACAAAUCGUGCCGACCAAUCAAUUGAUCAAACCCAGCGACGUAAAAGCUGCAAUCGAUCGCAUUAACAAAAAGAAAGCACCGGGGCCGGAUCAAAUCACGGGGCUUAUGCUUAAAAAUCUCACAAGAAAAACAAUUGUACAGCUUCACUACAUCAUUAACGCGAUCCUCAAAACUCAGUACUACCCUAAUAAACUUAAGAUAGCCAACAUUAUCCCGAUCCACAAAAAAGGGAAAAACAAUAAGAAUAUAGAGAGUUACCGCCCCAUUUCGCUACUCAACACACUGACAAAAACAAUAGACAUAAUAAUACUGAACAAACUACAUGUAAUAGAACAAGACAAACAAAUAAUCCCACAGGAACAGUACGGUUUUCGCGAAGGUCAUGGGACUAUCGCCCAAGUAAUCAGAAUCGCGCACCAAGCCAAAGAAGCUUUCAACGAUAAUAAACAAACUGUCCUCGUAGCCUUGGACACGGAAAAGGCAUUCGAUACCGUCUGGACCUGUGGGCUUAUAUACAAAAUGUUUAUAAAUGAAUUUCCUAUUUAUAUUGUAAAAACGAUUCAAUCCUACUUACAGGACAGAACGUUUUACAUUAAAGUCAACAAAACACUAACAGGACCAUACAAUGCAAUAGCGGGGGUACCCCAGGGUUCGGUACUUUCGCCGCAUCUGUACACGAUUAUGACCCAUGACAUGCCAAUGGGUACUAAUGGUGUACAGACGGCACUGUACGCCGACGACACCUGUGUGUACAAAACUUCAGAACUUGCCGAAAUCGCAAACAGAAGGCUUGAUAUACAUAUCAACAGGACAUUGAUCCCCUACCUAGAGGCAAACAAGAUGCGACUGAAUGCUUCAAAAACCGAGAGCAUGAUCCUUACCAAAAAAAGAGGAAGAACCUCCAAAAUAGUAAAUAAAUUAAAAAUCAAGGAUCAGGUGAUCGAAACGAAGCAUACUGUCAAAUAUCUUGGGGUGCACCUGGAUAGGGGAUUAAUAUUCAAACAUCAUGUCGAGGACCGGGUAACAAAGGCCAAACAUGCAAUAAGAGCAUUAUACCCACUAACAAAGCGCAACAGCGGAGUUAGCAGGGAUAAUAAAAUCAGGAUAUAUAAACAAAUUAUAAGGCCAAUCCUCACUUAUGGAUGUCAGGCCUUCUGUUCGAUGACAGAAAGUCAUUUAAACAAACUGCAAGUAGUACAAAACAGUUGUCUGAGGCAGGCACUGGGAUGGCUCCGCUAUUCCAGGAUAACAGACAUACACAGAGAGACAUCCAUGCCUACUAUAAAAUCGUUCAUUCUCAAUAUAACCGAAAGGUUCUAUCAAAAUAGUCUUCCUGCAAACGUUAAGGAAGACAUACUAAACAUAAAUGCAGGAAAUAGUGCACAUAGAAAGCAUGGGUGCCUCCACAAAGUACUGACAAUAUACAGACAAUUUUGAACAUAAAACACACGCAGACAAACGCAGACCUUUUCCCUGUGACAAAAUUACUAAAUGUGCAAAUCCAAGCCGACUAGCCGUAAAAUCUGGUCGGACGGUGGACUGCACGGUGAGUCGAAAAUCGAAACAGCGAAAUUUUUCGCUGCAACGAUGGACGAUAACAUCGUGUAGUUCAUGGAUUUGCACAGAAUAGUCAUAAACUAUACGGACAACCAGACAAACACAAGGACAACCCUGUUUUUUCUACGCUUUUUCAGGGAAACUAAACAUAACUAACAAAAGACAAAUCUUCCAUGAGUUAAGUUCAAUUACCGACGCACACUAAACAAUCAAAAAUGCCAUAUAAUAUUAUUAGUAAUAAGGAGAUGGCACAUAAAAUCCAAAUCAUAAACAUUCUGCAUCUGUGAUUACGGGACGAGACGUCGCCCAUACUUCUCCUGCUACGCCGGAGGACAGAGGCAACGUUCUUACGACGUCGUACAACAAUAAAUGUAGAUGUAAAUAUUUUAUUUGUAAAUAGUGUAAAUAAAACUCUC